UGUGUUAUUCGAGCCCCACUUACAUGUUACGACCGUCGCCCAGUGACACACUUCAUGUUCAGAGAUAAGUAAACCUAACUAGUGAAGGUGUAACUCCUCGGGGUGCGAUCAGUUCGAGUGCUCGGCGGAGCUGAUCAGCGACGCUGUCGGGCGUUAUGUAGUCAGUAAGCACUCAGCCGAUUAUAUAGAUUGGUGUGUGUGUGUACCUAUGGAUUUUUUUUCAACAUACCUAAAAUAUCUUCGAAUUUUAAAUAAGUACUGAUAACAACUUAUCGUUGCUUACCCUUACUUCAUCCGAGUUGGUUUUUACUUAGACUUUCUUAUUUCAACCUGCCCCGACAGCAACAAAUAGAUUAAUAUGGCUUCUGUGUAGAGAGAAUGUUCGACAAGCAGUGACUCGACCGUGUGGCGAGCAGUGCUGGCUCAGGGCAGCAUGUCAGUGUCAGUGCUCGCACUCUGAGCGUGCCUCACUUCACUUCCGACCAUAAUAUAACUAAAUGACUUUAUCGUUCAUAUUAAACCUACCAUUUGUUAGUCGAGGAUUUUUACAUAUUAUUAUAGGUACCUAUAUGAAUAGUCUGACUCAUCCCUAUGGGGUUAGUAUUUCAUCCUAAGUGGACGUACAAAUGCUGAUCAAAACAAACAGCAUCCAUGUCCUGUUUAAGAUGAGUUUGAGUGCUAUAACGUUGGUGUCAGCCAGUGGGUACCUACCUAGCUGCCACACUCGGCGCGGUCGAUGCGUGGAUUGUUUUCUCAUAUUCCAUAAAGCAUGUCAGCCUGCUGUCAUAACAUACAAGUCGUUACACACACGGACAAGGGAAUCCUGACAACUCUUGCUCAAGUCAUUUUGAUUGAAGGGGUCAGAUAGACAGUCACUCCUUGUAUUCUAUUGGUAAGGCUAAAGAGCGAUAUGAACAUUUUCAAUGUCAGCAAAUCACUGCUGAGUAGAGUUUCCAGAGUGUCAGAUUGGGUAAAACUCGGAAUUUCCCUAACAAUCUCUGAACUUAAAAGGAAUAAGUUGAAUGUUCGUGAUAUAAAAUUUAUGUUUGAUAAAAGUUUACCUUAUAGACACGUGCGCUUGAAUUAAAAAAAAAUAAAGACUUCCGUGCUACCUAAUUUAAAUUGCACACAAUACUCUUAUAUGAAUGUUAAGAAAGCUCGUGGGUCUUUUUGUAGAAGGAGAAGUACUUCUGACUCAAAUGGCUGAACCAAGUUUGGAAAACUUUGAUCUGCAGUUAGCGAGCUAUCUCAUCAAGUGAAUUUAUACAAGGUUUGAUGUACAGAUAACUAUAUGUGUACAGGUUGUAAGAACCGUGUAGGAAUGAACACACUCAAAAACGUUUAUUCAAAUCCGGUAGAUAAAUCAGCACUUCUCUACUCACUGUCUGUAAGGUUUGAAGCACCAGAUUUAUACGAAACGAGUCCAAUAUCAUUAUAAUUAUCACAUGAUAAGCAAUAAAUACAUUAAAAAUCUAUAUGAACACGAUUUGGCUAGCACACAGAUUUCCAAACUAUUAAAACUAAAUACCUACUCAAAGAUUGAUCAAUAUCGUACCUAAUAAGUGACAAAAGCCUCCAGUUAAUAAAAUAAAUAUCUUUUGGCAUAUAAACAUAAAAUCGACGUUCCUACUUUGGCUUCUCGUUAUCCUGCAGCGCGUACUGAUUGAUUGUCUGUUGUACUUGCGUGGUUCAGCUAAGAUGCUGACACCACACAAAACACUGACAAGCCUGUUGAUGCGACCUUCGUAACAUACAUAUAAAUGGCUUUAAAAUGAGUUCAGUAGUCAAAAAUAAAAAUUAACCAAGUUCUGUAUUUACUUAUGGACUCGUUCAUGUUACAAUAAGUAUGCGUCAAUGGACGUUGAUAAGUAAUACAGAUAUUUUUGUUGGAAGAUCUUUUUGAGAGGUAUGAUAUUUUUCUUAUCGAGAAAACUUUUCGAGAACGUGUUUUGAAAUUAACAGGUUUCUCAGAAAUAUGUUCAAGAUUAAUAUAUAUUCUUUUAGUCGUCAAAAACUGUAUAGAUUUGGCCAAAAAAUUGUUUGAGACAAGCCAAUUUGGGCAUUCAGCGCCUUAAUGAAUCUCCGCGCCCUACUUUUUAAAAUUUUUGCUAAAAUAAGUUUACUUACAUAAUUUUGUAGGUAAUCCGGAACGUAUCAAAUCAAAAAAGAAUGAUAAAAAUCGGUUCACAGGGCCCAAAAUUACCACCGAAAAUCAAACAUACCUACUUCAUCUAGUUUUUACAAAUGAGUAACCUGAGCGCAAAGUACAGAGCGCAGUAAGACAUCUCUCGGGAAGAGAUGCCCCGCGCGCUCUUGGCAGGAUGCGCUUGAGUAAUGAUUGCUCCCGGGCAUAAUACUGAAGAAGGUGAAUAGCUCAGAUCAAGUCAAUGAUCUGAGGUGAAUAGAAUAAAAUCUACUAUUGUGAAUAGCAUAGGUAUUCCAAUCGGUGGUAACAUGAAUGGAUUUAUUUUUUGUAGAAAUUUGGGUAAAUUCCGAGUGCACUCGUCGGCGGCGACCGCUCGUCGCCUCAACUCGUUGGUCAAAAUCCGAUGUCGACCAAAAUUAUAGCAUGUAAUUCACAUGUGGUAUCUUGCAGGGUGAUCUGUUGGGGCUGCGGCCCGGAUCUAUUACACCCCGAAACUCUUUAUAUAGCAAUAGGCGUGUAACGAAUUGAUUGUAUUAUUUAGUAAGUGUAGCAGAGUGCGGUUGAAUGUGGGAGUGGAGGUGGUUACAAGGCGCGGCGCGUGUUGCAGAUGUGCAGCCUGGCAGCGCUGGCGCGCGGCUGCCGGCCCGCCGCCGCCGCCAAGCCGUGCUGUCUGUGCUGGUGCUGCUGCUGCUCCUGCUCCUGCCUGGCGGUGCGCGGCUCGGAGGGCGGGCCCGGCAAGAAGCCGCGCGAGCCCGGCCCGCAGGAGCCGCUGCUCAGCGACGGAGACGCGCCGCCCACGCUGGACGAGAUCCAGAGCUGGGGGCAGUCGUUCGACCGCCUCAUGCGCAGCGCCGCUGGACGGAAGGUGUUCCGAGACUUCCUCCGCGGCGAGUACUCCGAAGAGAAUAUAAUGUUCUGGCUCGCGUGCGAGGAGCUCAAGCGCGAGACUGACCCCGACGCAGUCGAGGAGAAGGCGCGCUUCAUCUACGAGGACUACAUCUCCAUCCUGUCGCCCAAGGAGGUGUCGCUGGACUCGCGCGUGCGCGAGAUCGUCAACAGGAACAUGGUGGAGCCGACGCCGCACACGUUCGACGAGGCGCAGCUGCAGAUCUACACGCUGAUGCACCGCGACUCGUAUCCGCGCUUCGUCAACUCGCCGCUCUACAAGACCCUGGCGCGCCUGUCGAGCGCCGAGCCGGCCGCGCCACCCGCCGAGCCGGCGCCCGCAGACCCCGCCGCGCCGGCGCCCGCCGCGGCGCCCUCCCCCGCGCCCGCGGCGCCGGCGCCCGCGCAGUGACGUCAUCCGCACCCUCCCACAUGUAAAUAGACUCGAUAUACAUUCAUUUAAACGGGUACUAAUUUUGUACAUAGCUAGGUUAAGUUUGAGAGUAGGAGCGGCGGCCACUUCGCUGGUCCACCGACCCGCGCCCCGCACACCGCGCCCGCACCCCGGACAGCCGCGCGUCUAGUUAGAAGCAAUAAAGGUGGACCAAUUAAGUUUGCCGAGGAGUCAACGAAUAAAUAAAUCAGUUAAUGUAA